AUGUCCCAAUCCCUCCGACCGUACCUGUCCUGCGUGCGCUCGACUCUCACAGCAGCACUCUCUCUGUCGAACUUUGCCUCACAAGCCUCCGAACGACACAAUGUUCCCGAAAUCGAGGCAAAGACAUCCCCCGAAGUCGUCCUGAACCCUCUCACCGUAUCCCGCAACCAAGAAGAGCGCGUGCUAGUGGAGCCCUCAGUGAACAGCGUGCGGGUCAGCAUACGGAUAAAACAGGCGGAUGAGAUUGAGCAUAUUCUGGUCCACAAAUUCACGCGCUUCUUGACUCAGAGAGCGGAGGCGUUCUUCAUUCUGCGGAGAAAGCCGGUUCCUGGCUAUGAUAUUUCCUUCUUGAUCACCAACUUCCACACCGAAGAGAUGCUGAAGCAUAAGCUUGUGGACUUUAUCAUCCAAUUCAUGGAGGAAGUGGACAAGGAGAUCUCCGAGAUGAAGCUCUUCUUGAAUGCACGAGCACGUUUUGUGGCGGAGAGCUUUUUGACUCCGUUCGACUGA